AUGUUUGUCUUACUCUGUUUGCUGCUGCUGUUGGGACGCCACACACUUGGCCAGCAGCUGCUGCCGCUCGAGCUUUGUCUGUUUGCCGAUGUGCAGUGUCCCAAUCAACGCAUUAGCUUCUGGCUUUAUAACAACGCCACAGUUGAGAAGCCUGUACAGCUGGAUGCGCUGCAUCCGGAGCCGUCGCUCUUUGAGCCACGUCUGCCACUCAAAAUUCUUAUACACGGCUUCGUUGGUCAUCGCAAUGCCACGCCCAAUUUGGAGCUUCGCCCACUACUGCUGCAAACUCAGCCCGUGCAUGUCAUCUCCGUGGACUACAGCAGCCUGGUGCGCCUGCCCUGCUAUUUGCCUUGGGCGGUGCAGAAUAUUCCAACAGUAGCCAAGUGCGUGGCUCAACUAAUUAAUAGUUUAUUGGUAGCACAUAUCUAUACAGCCCAGCAGAUUCACCUAAUAGGCUUCAGUUUGGGUGCCCAAGUGGCCGGCUUGGUGGCCAACCAUGUACAUGCGCCUCUAGCACGCAUCACCGCUCUCGAUCCCGCUGGCAAUGGCUUUCAUGGCAAUCCACCAGCUGGACAACUCGAUCGUGGUGAUGCUCAUUUUAUUGAUGUGCUACACACAGAUCCCUUUCUCUUCUCCAUGCUGCCCAUGGCCAUUGGGCAUGCCGACUUCUAUGUCAAUCUGGAGCUGUUUGGUCAGCCGGGUUGCAAUCCUGCUCAGCUUAGCUGCAAUCACUUUAGAGCGGGCGCCUAUUAUGCCGAGUCUAUUGUCAGCGCGCGUGGCUUCUGGGCUCAGCCUUGUGGGGAUUGGCUGCAGUAUCUUACGCAACGCUGUUCCCAAUACUCGGAGCGGGAUUAUGUGCUAAUGGGCUACUUUGUGCCGGAGAACGCUUCGGGUUCUUAUUUUGUGAGCACCAAUGCCCAGUCGCCCUAUGCUAAAGGUCCGCCCAUUGAUGUAGCAUUCGAUGUAGCCGAGAAAGUUAACAGCAAUUAA